UGGAGAAGUGGUGGAACCCAAACACAAAAGGAGUCCUUCCAAGCAAUUAGGGCUCUCUUCAUCCUCCUCCUCCUCCAUUUUCUGCAAUCGGGACUAGCACAACGGCACAGAAGGAGACAGAGGAAUCGGAGUCUUAGGGUUUCAAAGGAGGAUCCGUUGGGAUUUGAAGGUUUGGAUUUGAGCAGAGAGACUGUAUGGACCAGUACGAGAAAGUUGAGAAGAUUGGUGAAGGAACUUAUGGAGUUGUGUACAAGGCUCGUGAUCGUGUCACUAAUGAGACUAUAGCUUUAAAGAAAAUUCGCUUGGAGCAGGAAGAUGAGGGAGUGCCAAGCACUGCUAUACGCGAAAUUUCCCUCUUGAAAGAAAUGCAGCAUGGGAACAUUGUCAGGUUGCAGGAUGUAGUGCACAGUGAGAAGCGCUUGUAUCUGGUUUUUGAGUACCUGGACUUGGAUCUGAAGAAGCAUAUGGAUUCUACUCCUGAAUUUGCAAAGGACCCUCGCCAAAUAAAAAUGUUUCUUUACCAGAUUCUCAGAGGCAUUGCUUAUUGUCAUUCACAUAGAGUUCUUCAUAGAGAUCUGAAACCCCAGAAUCUGCUGAUAGAUCGUCGUACCAAUGCACUGAAGCUUGCAGAUUUUGGACUGGCUAGAGCAUUUGGUAUUCCUGUUAGGACAUUUACUCAUGAGGUGGUGACCCUCUGGUACAGAGCGCCAGAGAUAUUGCUUGGUUCUCGCCAUUACUCCACCCCAGUUGAUGUGUGGUCAGUGGGUUGUAUAUUUGCUGAGAUGGUAAACCAACGGCCUUUAUUUCCUGGGGACUCUGAGAUUGAUGAACUGUUCAAGAUAUUUAGAAUCACGGGUACUCCAACGGAGGAUACAUGGCCUGGAGUGAAUUCUUUGCCUGAUUUUAGAUCUUCCUUUCCCAAGUGGGGUGCUAAGGAUUUGGCAAGUGUAGUUCCAAAUCUUGAUUCAGCUGGUGUUGAUCUUCUCUCUAAAAUGCUGUGCUUGGAUCCGAGCAAAAGGAUUACGGCCAGGAGCGCUCUUGAGCAUGAGUACUUCAAAGAUAUCGCGUUUGUACCAUAAUGCUCCCAUCUUCACAUCCCGGCAGAGAAUGUUUAUACUAUAGUGUAGCAUCCUGUGAACUUUGUUUGAAUGAGAAUUUGUGUGUUGCUUGUGAUUUUUCCUCCUCAUUCCGCAGACAUAGUUCCAAUUCGUUGAUUUGGCUUUCAGCAGAUAUUAUUAUGAAUUACAGUUUGCCCUGCCCUCAGUUCUUUCCUUUACCUUUUAUUUUCUCUUAAUGAUAUACAGCUUGUAAUUGACAGUUCAUGUCCUGUGAGAAACAAUUUUCCUUCGAGGAAUAUAAAAGAGAGUUUGCUUUGGGUA